AUGUCUCGCUCAAAAGCUGCUGCAUUUGUUGAUAAAGUAUGGUCUUCCUUCCUACAGACCUCCGGUAUGGAACCGCAAAUGCUCAAAAACAUGAUCAUCGACUCUGCAUCACCGGGCCUCGUCAAGGCUUCGCUCAAGAUUGAAAAGAUACAUUGUAAUCGACUCUCUAUCCUGCAUGGCGGCACCGUCGCUUGUAUUGUUGAUACAGGCGGUUCCCUGGCUGUAGCUUCACGAGGACUCUACGCGACAGGCGUCAGCACAGACAUGAAUAUCGCCUAUAUCAAAGCCGGUGGUCAAGUCGGAGACACCAUCACUGCAACGAUGAUAUGCGACUCGCUCGGUAAGACGCUUGCCUACACGCGCGUUGAAUUUCACAAUGCACAAGGUGUCUUGUUUGCAAGAGGCUCUCAUACAAAGCACGUCCAGAAAGCACUUAAGCACGCGGACAACAUUGUGCACGAAUUGAGGCCAGAGACCAAAUCUCAAGUUAGACAAGCUUGGACUGUGCCUACCUAG